CCAUAGAGAAAAUGGACUUCCUCUAGAGUCUCGGGAUACUCCUUUCUUCUCUGUUUUUCAUUUUUGUCUUGGAAUGAUGAUGAACACACCAAUCGAAUCUCCAUCAAUGGCCGCACCUUGCUCUAAGCUCGUCUGCUGAAACCUGACGAGUCUUCGCCACUCGUACUUGUGUACAUAUAAUUGUAUGUAUCUACCUAUUUUGAUGAAAGUCUGAAACCAUGUCUCCUCCGUUGUUGAUUGAUUGAGCUUGAAAAGUAUUCACUGUUGUUGUUAUUAACUGAGAAGAAAGGGAAGAAAGAAAUGUAUGGCUCAAAAGCGCACGCACAGAGCCUGAAAGAGUUGGGGUUGGAGUACGGAUCGCAUAUCACGACACUCCGGCCGAGCAUCCACGCGAGGAGGGCGAAUCUGACGGUGAAAUUCCAGGAUUUGUAUGGGUUCACGGUGGAGGGGAAUGUGGAUGAUGUGAAUGUGCUGAAUGAGGUUAGGGAGAAGGUGAGGCAGCAGGGGCGAGUAUGGUGGUCCCUGGAGGCCAACAAGGGCGCAAAUUGGUAUCUCAACACUCAUGUUUCUUCCAGCCUCAAGUCUUCCCUCAAGUUCUCUGCCCUUGUCAAUGCCAUCACCCUCAAGCGCCUCAUCCGGAAAGGCAUCCCUCCGGUCCUCAGACCCAAGGUGUGGUUUUCCCUCUCCGGUGCUGCCAAGAAGAAAUCCACCGUCCCGGAAAGCUAUUACGAUGAUCUCACCAAGGCCGUCCAAGACAAGGUCACUCCUGCCACCAAGCAGAUUGACCAUGACUUGCCGCGUACUUUCCCUGGUCACCCAUGGUUGGACACUCCAGAGGGUCAUGCUGCUCUUAGGCGUGUUCUUGUUGUGUAUUCUUUCCGUGAUUCUGAUGUUGGCUACUGUCAGGGCUUAAAUUUUGUUGCAGCUUUACUGUUGCUUGUGAUGAAAACCGAAGAAGAUGCUUUCUGGAUGCUUGCUGUCCUUUUAGAGAAUGUGCUGGUUAACGAUUGUUAUACAUAUAACUUAUCUGGAUGCCAUGUCGAACAAAGAGUGUUUAAGGAUUUGUUAAGAAAAAAGUGCCCAAGGAUAGCCUCACAUUUGGAUGCUUUGGAGUUUGAUGUUUCUCUCGUAUGCACCGAAUGGUUUCUAUGUCUCUUCUCCAAGAGUUUGCCUUCUGAGACAACCUUGCGUGUCUGGGAUGUUCUAUUCUAUGAAGGUGCAAAGGUCCUGUUUCAUGUGGCAUUGGCAAUUUUUAAGAUGUGCGAGGAAGAGAUGCUAUUGGCACAUCAAGUUGGAGAUGUAAUAAAUAUCAUACAGAGAACGACACACCACCUUUUUGAUCCUGAUGAUUUAUUGACAGUUGCUUUUGACAAGAUCGGGUUUAUGAUGACCACAAGUAUAUCAAGACAGAGGAAAAAGCAGGAACCAGCAGUCUUGGCAGAGCUCGACGAGAGAUCAAGGCGGCUGCACUCCUUAAACGGGGAAGACAAAUAGCGGCGGUUUCUUAGGCAACCUUGUAAGUGUACUAUAUAAAGAAAAAAAUCCUUUUCGGCUCGCUGCCCGAUCAGGAGACAAAAGUCACAAAACAUUGUGCUUGUAUAGUACUGCCUUAUAUUUAGCAGUUAAGGAGUGGAAUCCCAGAUUGGUGAUGAGUUGUUUGUGGAAGUGUAGAGUUUUGCAACUCUGUGUACUUAAAUUAUCAUCAGUGUUGUUGUUGUUGUAAAUCAGUAAAUGAAAGCUUUCAUCUUUCUUGCCU